GGUGGUGCGCAUCUCUCCGACCGGGAAUACCGAUUUCUGAACAUUUCGGCCUUUUCCCCCGCUGCACCCUGAGCUGUGUUUUCCUGCGAGCGGCUGCACAGGGGAGCGGGUUGCACUGGCGUCGCGGGGUUAAAGUGAAAGCUUCUAUCGGUCAGUAUUAUGACAAACGGAGAUGACACACAUCCAGAAGGAGCCGUGUUUGUUUUGUAUGGCGAAAUGAGGCAGGGGGUGGAGAGUCGCCACAGAGACGCUGGGCUCCGGCCAAACAUCACCGCAUUUUAGCACUUAUUCGAUGCUCGGGAUUUGCAUUUCAUUGCAUUUGCUGCAUCGUUGAUAGGCCGUAUUAAUUUAUUUUUUUUGCAAAGUGCAUGGUGGAAAAUGCAGCUUGUUUGAGGACACCCCCCCUCCAGAUAUCCAUUGCUGCCAUGAUAGGCAGAGGUCUCCUCUCGACCGCGGCUCGGCCGGUUGGAGAAGAGGCAGAUUGAUUUGGGACGCUGGGUCGCAUCUGCGGAUGUUAUUCCGUCUGUGGAGCCUGUAAAUAUCAUCCGCGCAAACACACAGUGAUUCUUACUCAGGGAAAAGGAGAAAGAAAACAACAUGUCCUCUCGAUCUGCAUUACCGUCUGGAAACGACAGGAGUACUGGAGACCAUCAUGUGUCGCUGGGGGCCAGCCGUUCAGACAAGGCCACCAGCCAGUCCAGCCGCUCACUGGGCGCUCGAUGCAGGAACUCCAUCGCCUCCUGCUCCGACGAGCAGCCGCACAUCGGCAACUACCGUCUGCUCAAGACCAUCGGCAAAGGAAACUUUGCCAAGGUCAAGCUGGCCCGCCACAUCCUGACGGGCAAGGAGGUUGCAAUAAAAAUCAUUGACAAAACUCAGUUGAACCCAACCAGCCUACAAAAGCUCUUUCGGGAGGUACGAAUAAUGAAAGGCUUAAAUCACCCUAACAUAGUACAGCUGUUCGAGGUGAUUGAGACGGAUAAGACCCUUUACCUAAUCAUGGAGUACGCCAGUGGAGGUGAAGUGUUUGACUACCUCGUGUCUCAUGGAAGAAUGAAGGAGGUUGAAGCCAGAGCCAAAUUUCGACAGGUAAGAACUCACCGCCUCUUGUUACCUAGAUUGCACCAAUCCUCACAUUUAAUUGUCAGCGCUUCAGGUUUGUCUGUCUCCUCAUGUCCACAGAUUGUUUCUGCUGUCCACUACUGCCACACGAAGAACAUUGUCCACAGAGAUUUGAAGGCGGAGAACCUUCUGCUGGAUGCUGAUGCCAACAUCAAAAUCGCCGACUUCGGCUUCAGCAACGAGUUCACGCUGGGCAACAAGCUGGACACGUUCUGUGGCUCGCCGCCCUACGCUGCCCCUGAGCUUUUCCAGGGUAAGAAGUAUGAUGGGCCCGAGGUGGACGUCUGGAGUCUCGGAGUCAUCCUCUACACGCUGGUCAGCGGCUCGCUGCCAUUUGAUGGGCAGAACCUGAAGGAGCUGAGGGAGCGUGUGCUGAGGGGAAAGUACCGCGUGCCCUUCUAUAUGUCCACAGACUGUGAGGGGAUCCUUCGCCGAUUCCUGGUGCUCAAUCCCUCCAAACGGUGCACUCUGGAGCAAGUCAUGAAGGACAAGUGGAUAAAUUCAGGGUAUGAUGGGGACGAUCUGAAGCCCCAUAUAGAACCUGUUGAAGACUACAGUGAUCCAGCUCGCAUAGAGGUGAUGGUCGGGAUGGGCUUCACUCCAGAGGAAAUCAAAGACUCUCUGCUCAAUCAGAAAUACAAUGAGGUCACCGCCACCUACUUACUGCUGGGCCGUAAAGGCGAUGACGGCAGUGAGACUCGCACAGCUAGUAGCCUGUCCCUGGCGAGGGUACGACCCAGCCCCAUCACCAAUGGGACCAACAAGCACUCCUCAGCCACUGGCUCCUCUUCCUCCUCCACCUCCUCCUCACAUAGCAAGACCCAGCGCGGUGCCUCCACCUACCACAGGCAGCGACGACACAGCGACUUCUGCGGGCCCUCCAUGCCCGUCAUGCACCCCAAACGGAGCCCGACCAGCACAGGCGACCGGGAACUGCGGGAGGGACGAAUGCCUUCACGUAAGGCCAGUUGCAGCGUGAUGGGAAGCCAUAGCCUCCCUCCCUCCAGCCCAAUGGUCAGCAGUGCCAACAACCCCAACAAGUCUGAGAUCCCAGAUCGCCGCAAAGACAUGACUGCCACCACGAAUAACAUCCCUGGAAGUGCCAUGACACGCCGGAAUACAUAUGUGUGCACAGACCGCUCGGGCGCUGACAGGCACUCUCUUCUGCAGAACGGCAAAGACAACAGCUCUCUUGGCCACCGCUUGCCCGCAGCGUCUCCCUCCACGCUCAGCAUUUCUGGGGCCGGAGCUGCCUCCUCCUCUUCCUCUUCAGACCGAUGCCGCCUGACCCGAGGCUCCACAAUCCGCAGCACCUUUCAUGGGGGACAGCUGAGGGACCGUGGCCCCCCGGUUUACUCUGCUCCACCCACUUCACCCACCCUGUCUCAUCAUGACGCCAGCCCGCUGCCCCACGCCCGCACCAGGGCAACCUCCAACCUCUUCACCAAGCUGACCUCCAAACUCACUCGCAGGGUCACAAAUGAAUCUGAGGGAAUCAGGAGAUUUGCGGUCACAAGUUGCCAUCUACCUGGGUAUCAAAAAGCGUCCGAGCCCCGGGCCGUCGGACGUGGCUGGGAUCUGAGAGGCGGUGGGCGGCGGGACCCUGCGGAGGUGGUACUGGCUCUGCGGGAGGCGGCGCUUGGAUGUGGCUGCCAGGUCCACCAUGCCGGCCCCUUUCUGCUCUCCUGCACCCAUGGCGUGGCAGGGGGCCGCGUGGCUUUUGAGGCCGAGGUGUGCCAUCUAUCCACGGGCGCCUCCGAGACUUCUAACGGGGUGCGCUACACGCGACUCUGGGGGGCACCACUAGCUUUUCGGGACAUUGCCACCCAAAUCUCCAAGGACCUCGAACUUUGAACGGAGGGUGUGCUUGUGUAUGAGUGUGUGUUUUUGUGUGAGUGAGUGUGUAUGUGUAUGUGAGAAGAGGCGAGGGGCUGGACCCGAGAGAAAAGACUUCUCCUUCUGUCUCUUUCAUGACUACCCUCCCCCCAUACACACACACAGAUACACACACACCUGACCCGUAAAGACACACAGACUGAGGCACCCCACCCCCCCUCCACCCAAUCACCCCACCCAGCUCAGCCAACUUCUUCACUGUGCGACUGCACCCACUGGACCUGGAUCAGAUGGAAUCUAGUUGAAUAUUUUUUAUUGCUACUCUAGCCAUAAUGACUCUUUAUUUUGUUAUUUAUUGCUCUGAUCAUUGUUUUUACCCACUGUCACUUUCACCACUACAGAGAAAAUUCAUCUCUUGUGUAUUGGUCAUCAUUGACCAGCCAGUCCUUUUUUAAAAAAAAUGUUCUUUGAUAUGUCACCUUUAUGUACACCAUUCAUGUUUUUUCUUCCUUACCAAUGACAUGAUUAUCUGCUGACUUUUCAUCACCUUGGGACAAUAACAUGCACAAACGUGGAGUUGGUCCAACAAGCAGCCGCUGAGGGCUGCAUUGCUUUGAUUUGUGUACAUACAGCAGUGACGACAGCACUGGAUUAAGGUCAGUGGGAGCUGCGUUGACAGACAUUUGAAACAGCCAAUCAGAGGCUGACUCUGACACUAAUGAGUUUCAGCUUCAUGAACUGGUGACUCUCAAUCACAUUUUUUUCACAUUUCUCUGCAUGGGAUGAGCAGAAAUAAAAAAAUGUAGAUGUUUUUUUGAGAAACAACCCCCUUAGUUAGCUCAAUUUUCAUGCACACAAAAAAGAUGAUAUUAUGGUGCAGUAAGUCAUGCUCCAUUUUAUAUUUUUGCAGCACCGAUAUCAAAAUUAAAUUAAUACAGUUGAUUUAGUGAAAUAUUAUAAGGUGGUAACUUUCAUAUGAUUGUUGUCAUUAUGUAAGUUAUGCUGGCUCUGCAACAGGAUGAAAUGGACUUCACAUGCACACAGCAGAUAACCUUUCAGAGAAAAUCUCUCUGCUCUUUGGUUGGCUGGAUUUAUUGUCUGUCAGCACAGGUCAUCGUCAGUAAAACUUGUUCAAACUGUUUGGAUUUUCCAACCUCCCACCUCGUUUCAUCCCUUUACCUUUUCUUCAAAAGCAUUGUACUGAAGACAUGGCAGCAGUGACACAUACAUAGAAGAAAUGUUCCAACUCGAAGCCCUCAAUCAUUCAAAUCUUUCAAACCUUGCCCUUGAAAGUGGUCAGUUGUCCCACCACAAAAUAACACAAGUCUGGUUGAUUUUCAGUGCAAUGCAGUUCUUCGGUUCUGUUCUGCACCAUGUGAUCUCACCUCAGUCAUCAUCUCAGUAUGUCGAUGGGAAACACCAAAAGUGGAUCAGCCAAGCAGCAAAACCUCUCAGAUUACACACUCACCUUUACACACACAUACACACACACACACACACACACACACACACACAAACACACACAGAGAAAGAGAAACAUACACUCACAAAUGUCCACCCUCUUCUUCUUCUUGUGGCACAGUAUAUUAACUUGUCUGUCCAUUAUUGAUGACUGUGGGCUGUUGGGGAUCAGGGGGGAGUGUUCUGGAAAGGCACGAUGAAGGCAGUGUGGACAGUGUUUUCUUCUUGUUAGUCCAGUUGCCUUUAAAGUGAACUACCCCCAGCGCCUUCAUACAGUACAUAUUUAAUGUAAAAAAAAAAAAGAUAAAAAAGAGAGAGACAGAAAAAACUGAGAAAGCUUUCUAUUCUCCUUCCCUGUUUUUAGUGAAUAACGUACUGUGAUAUUUACGUAGGCUACAGAGAUCAUGUUGUUUGGCUGCUGAUUUACUGUUAAUACUAUCUCUCAGUUGUGGCUUUGCUCAUGGUGACCCAAAACCAACACCCACUCCCCUGAUACCCCACACCCCCAUUUCCUUUCCCACCCAUCAGAAACUCCCCAACUCCCUACAUUUAAAAGGGACGCCAACCUUCGCUGUCCACCACCUUCGUAUGUACCACCAACUUUUUCUAUCGUCACGAAGAGCUUUUGGCUUUCCUUGACCCUUCGUUUGAGACCCUGUUUUCUCGUUGCGCAGGGAAACACUCAGCCAUCAUCCACACUCUCACGUUGUAGACCCAUGUAUGACAUCUUCUCAGUCCUGUUUGGUGUGUGCUGCUUCAUAGAGCCCAACAGGGGAGACUGGGUUUGACUUGUCCUCCUCCUUUGGGGUGAGAAGCAGACACCAAUAUGGACACCAGGAAUCUGUCAUUGUCCUGUCCCUUGGACCUUUCUCAUUGUGGUGUAUAUUAGCAUUAGGUAAUAUAGACCUCAAUGCACUUUGCUUUGACUUGAAUCAGCUCCUUCCAGUGUACCUGUAUAGGUAAUACCCAGAACUAGCCACUGGAGGGCGCCAAUGUCUUAAAUGUGAAACACUUCAAUUUGUGGAUAUUUGCACAGGUACUUUAUUUAUUUUUUAGAAUAAUAUCAUUAAAAAAACAGGAUUUAUAUCAGUCAGUUGGUGGCUGUAUAUAAAAUAUAUGAAUAUAGUAUAUAUCUUAGAGCUCAAGGUUUAUUUAUAGCUAGAGCAAGGGAAGUAAUUCUAGUUUAAAGCAGUUUCUGUCAGUGACAAUGGGGAACAAAACCAACCUGCAAUCCUGCAUGACUUCAGAGUUUGGGUUUUAGGGGAAAAAAUGAAAUAUGAUGCACACCUAGGACUGGAAGCUUUGUGAAUAGCAGACACGGUCGGUUUUUAGACAUGAAUUGAUACAGACAAAUGGUGCUAGAUGUGGCGCCAGGUUCUUCCCCCUUUCACAAAAACAAACAGGAAGGCUUGGUGAAAUACAGUGACUUCACUCCACCUUGUUUGCCAGAAGAUAGGUUCAGUAUAUUCAGGGCAGCUUCUGGGUUCUUCAAAGUAUUUAGAUAUGCCAUGAAAUGUAUCACAAACGUACAGUAUGUAAGAAAAAUGGUCAGUUUUAGAUCAGAACUUACAUUGGGAGUAAAUUGUGCAGUUUAUUAACUGCAUUGCCAUUUAAACUUAAAUUGACACAAGAUCCUUAGAGGUCCCUGACAUGUUGAAAGCCCUGGGUUGCAUUCAAGCCAUAGAAACGUUACUGUCACUGUCUCCUGAUCGCAAAUAUGAAAUCAGGUUGUUAGCAGAGCAUUUCAGUGGAAAUAAUUGAAGUGAAAUGGGCUAAAAAGCAAAUAACUUCGUGUAAAACAACUCACUCUUAGUAUAAGAUGGAUGAACUUUGCUUUUAGGUGGAAUCUACUGUGAAAAAUUCUUGAAAAGAGUUUUGUUGACCUGAGUGUUGAGUAAAUGCUUGUUAUACCUGCUCAGAGACAAUGUGUCGCUGGUGUGGUUUAGAUGGUGGAUGGUACAGUAUUACAAUUCCAGGGGCUCAGUAUUUAACAUGCACUGUCGUUUCAAAGUGGACUUUGGAAACAGUUGAUGUUAUAUGCAAAAGCAACUUAAUGAGACUGAAGAACAUACACAGUUUGACCUGUAUGAGUAAUUUUACACUACUCUACUGUUUAAUUCCUCCCCUCAGAAACAAACUGUAAACUGAGCUUGAGUGGUUGUGGUAUAUAAGGAGAACAUGGAGCUGAAGAUUAAUAAAAUUCACUGAUGUUGGCA